UAUUUAUUAUACAUAGUGUUCUUUGACUUUGGAAUUGGAAUUAAAGGGAAUGGGAAAGGGGAUGAUGGAUGAACAUAAAGAUGAAGUGCUGCACGGCUGUGCAUCUACUGUUCGAACUUGAAACAAGAAAAACAAAAAGCACCAACGAUCAUCGGUGGUCACCUUCAGGUGAAACUUUGGCUAGUACUAGAAAGAUGAUCAUUUCUCUUAAUGUUUAUACGACACGAAAAUAUAUAAUGAUAAUGAUAACAUGUUGGAAUUGCAUGAUCGUCUUCUAAUGAAUGUAUUUAAAGAGUUUAUAAACGCUAGUUAUAGAAGUAGCGAAAGUGUUUUUUGACUAUCUCAUCGCAUUCGCGGAGAGUCAUUUUUUGAGGAUACUACGCAGUUAAAGUUAAUCAUAACGAACUCUGGUCAUGCGGCUAUUGAUGAUUGCUACAAAUAAUGAGAAAUACCACUCAAUCGAUGUCGAAGUCGAUGACUUUCACCUACUGGAUGCUAUUCAUGCACGUUUAUCUAGCCUGCUGACCGAAUAUGUAUUUAUUACAUUCUUUAUCCCUUUACCAGUAGUUUCCUCUGACUUGUCGUUGUUCGACGAUAUUAUCUCCUAUCUUGUUGCCAGGAUAAGGAUUAUGACACGUCGUCACAGCGUCGGCGUACAACAUCUGAGCACGUUCAAUAUGAAUAUUGUCCUUUCUGUUGUAAAAAUUACCAUCUAA